AUGUCGAACUUCAUGCACAAAGUCAAGGAUGCCGUGUCUGAUCACCGUGACAGGGAUAAUCCUCAGACUGCGAACUCCGGGCCGAACCAGUACGACUCUUCCGAAUCGGGUCGCUCUUCUGGCAUGGGCCCCUCUUCCGGCGUGAGCUCUAACACUUACGGCUCUGGUCCUGGCUAUGGCAAUGAGGCUGGUUAUCGCGAUGCCAAUGUCGCCGAUGCCAGGAACGCAGGUGGUUCAACCAAUGCUGGCCCUCAUGAUUCAAAAGUAGCCAACAAAGUGGAUCCUCGUGUCGAUAGUGAUCUAGAUAACCGCCGCAAUUACUCUGGAACCACCGAUUCCCAAAACGUCGGCCCCCAAAACGCCGGUAUGAACGCAGGUGGCCGAACCAAUGCUGGGCCUCAUGAUUCAAACGUAGCCAAUAAGAUGGAUCCUCGCGUUGAUAGUGAUCUAGAUAACCGCCGCAAUUACCCUGGGACCACCGACUCUCAAAACGUCGGGUCCCAAGACACCGGUAGCGGUGCUCGUGGCUUCGACCCCAGCAGCACAGGCUCCAUCGGACAGUCCCGCGGUAUCGACAAUCAUAUGACUAGCGAGGACAACUAUAGCAGCUCCAAGGAGGAAAAGAAAUCCCGCACUCAGCCUCUCACCUCCGACAACAAAAUGACUAGUGAGGAAAGCUACAGUAACGCCACGCAGGAACACAAAUCCCACUCCACUACUGCUCACGCCGAGCCGUGCGAGAUGGAACCGCGUGCCCAACCUGGCCAUGGCAGCCGUAUGGGUCAGCAAAAUUUCGGUGGCGGCGCAACUGGUGGCAGUAGCUACAACGACAAUAACUCAGGCGCCAGAGGGCUGUCUGGUCCUGAGAAUCCCCAGCAGAUGAACAAACUUGACCCCAGAGGCCAAGUCUCGAACUAUCAGCAAAACCCUGUCGGCAACCAGCGGGGCGGAUACUAA